AUGAGUAACAAUACGAUGGUGACCGAGUACAUAUCGCAGAAGGCCUUGAUGUAUGAGCCCACCGAGGAGGAAAUUAAAUUUCACCACAAAAAUCAGCACAAAAGCUUAAGGUACAUUUUUUGUGGUAAAGAAUUGGACGAGUUCGAAAAGGAGAAAAUACAAGAGCUAAAGGAUCAUGUCAAUAAUUUAAAAAAAAAAGAAAAAGAUAGCCAAGGGGGAGAAACCUACGAGUCUACAUUUAAGGAUACAAUUUUUGAGGAUGAUAAUUAUGUGCUUCGCUUCCUGCAAGGAAACGAAUUCAACUUUGAAAAAUGCUACUACGACAUGCUAAAGCACUUGGAGUGGCGAGAUGAGAACCUCCCUGUGAAGUACGAGGAUGUAGAAGAUAUGCUGAAAAAGGGAUACAUUUACGUGCACGGGCGGGACAAACAUAUGCACCCCAUAAUUAUUAUCAACUGUAAAAAUUUCAUUUCUGCAAGUGCGAAGGACGUUUUGAAGGUGGCCUACUACUGGAUGGAAUUUAUCAUAUCUAAGCUAUUCAUCGAAGGAAAAAUCGAGCAGUGGAGAGUCAUAAUUGACUUAUCACACUGUGGUGUGCUGAACAUCCCCAUAGGGACGUUAAAGGAUAUUUCGAAGUGCCUCAGUUGUAAUUACAGAUCGAGGCUAUCCAAGAUGUUAGUCCUGAGCGCCCCUCUUUUUGUCACAGGCAUGUGGCACAUGCUGAAGUCUAUCAUUCCGGUCGUAACGCAGCAGAAGAUAACAAUAUCGUCCUCGGAGAUAGAUAAAAGGCUCCUGGAGCAAGUGGACCUGGACCAAUUAGAGAGUAAUUUGAAGGAGGCACAUUUAGAAAAUGGGAUGAAUGUUUAUUUGUCCGACGCGUCGCGAGAGGGGUUGAAGAGU